CGGCGCUCCGGGCGCCCCCAACCCCGCUGAGAGCCGCCGCGGCCCCGGACCCGCGCAAGGGCCCCCGAGCCGCCGGGAUGAGCCGCGCCGAGUGGUGAUCGCCGCUCGGGAAUGCGGGCGUGAAGGGUCCGAGUUGCCGCCUAGCGGGGAGGAGACCCCAGGACGCCGGAAAUCACCAUCCCAAAGCUGCAAGAAGGGGGGAGAAAGCAUUCUUCAUUCAGUUGUGUGCCUUGUGGGGGAUUUUUAAAAAGUCGUUAUUUUUUUUUAAAGAAACAUUUCCGUGCUACUGUCUGUCAUCGUCUCUGGGGAAAUCAGCCAGAACCACCGGAACGUAACUGAAACCAGACAAGAGAGGCAGGAGCCCAGGCAGUACCUGCAGCGUCCGGGCACCAGAGCCACCUUGGAACAGGAACGCGUCUCCGGCCGCGGGGCUGCGGCUCCGCCAAACUUUGGGGCGGGCGGGGCGGGCUGGGGCGCCCAGGGGGCUCUGUAGACCGAGGGCGGCCCCCUAACCAUGAUGUUUCGCGACCAGGUCGGGGUGCUGGCGGGCUGGUUUAAGGGCUGGAACGAGUGCGAGCAGACUGUUGCGCUGCUGUCGCUGCUCAAGCGCGUGAGCCAGACCCAGGCCCGCUUCCUCCAGCUCUGCCUGGAGCACUCGCUGGCCGACUGCGCCGAGCUGCACGUCCUCGAACGCGAGGCCAACAGCCCCGGAAUCAUUAACCAAUGGCAACAGGAAUCCAAGGAUAAAGUGAUUUCCCUCCUGUUAACUCAUCUGCCUUUGCUGAAGCCAGGAAACCUUGACGCAAAAGUAGAAUAUAUGAAACUACUGCCCAAAAUCCUGGCUCACUCUAUUGAACACAACCAGCACAUUGAGGAGAGCAGGCAGCUGCUGUCCUAUGCUUUGAUACAUCCAGCCACUUCGUUAGAAGACCGUAGUGCUUUAGCCAUGUGGCUGAAUCACUUGGAGGACCGCACAUCGACCAGCUUUGGUGGCCAGAACCGAGGCCGCUCAGACUCUGUGGAUUAUGGACAGACACACUACUAUCACCAAAGACAGAACUCUGAUGACAAGCUCAAUGGGUGGCAGAACUCUCGGGAUUCUGGGAUUUGCAUCAAUGCCUCCAACUGGCAGGACAAAAGCAUGGGGUGUGAGAAUGGCCAUGUGCCCCUCUACUCCUCCUCAUCUGUCCCCACCACAAUCAAUACGAUUGGAACCAGCACAAGUACAAUGGGAGCAGGUUUGCUAACUGAGAAUGCUGCUGUGUGCUGUGGCCUGGUGAGAAUGCCGUGGACUUCCUCUCGCUCAGUCCAACACCUUAGGAGAGUUCUCUCAGGCCAGGCACACCACAGCCCUUUGAAACGAUCUGUGUCCCUUACCCCACCCAUGAAUGUGCCAAACCAGCCUCUAGGACAUGGAUGGAUGUCUCAUGAGGACUUACGAGCUAGAGGACCCCAGUGCCUCCCAUCCGAUCAUGCCCCCCUGUCUCCACAAAGCAGUGUAGCCUCUUCAGGAAGUGGUGGGAGUGAACACUUAGAAGAUCAGACCACUGCUCGUAACACAUUCCAAGAAGAAGGUAGUGGGAUGAAAGAUGUUCCAGCCUGGCUAAAAAGCCUCCGCCUGCACAAAUAUGCCGCGCUUUUCUCCCAGAUGACCUAUGAGGAGAUGAUGGCCCUCACCGAGUGCCAGCUGGAGGCGCAGAAUGUUACCAAAGGUGCAAGACACAAAAUUGUCAUCAGUAUUCAGAAGCUCAAAGAAAGACAAAAUCUCCUGAAGUCUUUGGAAAGGGACAUCAUCGAGGGGGGCAGCCUGCGCAUCCCGCUCCAGGAACUGCACCAGAUGAUCCUGACUCCGAUCAAGGCCUACAGCUCCCCGAGCACCACCCCCGAGGCUCGCCGCCGGGAGCCCCAGGCCCCGCGUCAGCCCUCACUGAUGGGCCCCGAGAGCCAGAGCCCCGACUGCAAAGAUGGGGCCGCAGCCACUGGUGCCACGGCCACCCCCUCGGCCGGGGCCAGCGGGGGGCUCCAGCCGCACCAGCUGAGCAGCUGCGAUGGGGAGCUGGCCGUCGCCCCGCUGCCGGAGGGGGACCUCCCCGGGCAGUUCACACGCGUCAUGGGGAAAGUGUGCACACAGCUCUUGGUCUCCAGACCUGAUGAGGAAAAUAUAAGUUCCUAUUUACAGCUCAUAGACAAGUGUCUAAUUCAUGAGGCAUUUACAGAGACACAGAAAAAAAGAUUGUUGUCAUGGAAACAGCAGGUGCAGAAGCUCUUUCGGUCUUUCCCUCGGAAAACCCUUCUAGACAUAUCAGGAUAUCGACAGCAAAGAAAUCGAGGCUUUGGGCAAUCCAACUCCCUCCCGACGGCUGGCUCUGUGGGCGGUGGCAUGGGCAGACGGAACCCGCGCCAGUACCAGAUCCCCUCUCGGAACGUCCCUUCCGCCCGCCUGGGCCUCUUGGGCACCAGUGGAUUCGUCAGCUCCAACCAGCGCAACACCACAGCUGCCCCCACCAUCAUGAAACAAGGAAGACAGAACCUGUGGUUUGCCAACCCCGGGGGCAGCAAUAGCAUGCCAAGCCGCACCCACAGCUCAGUCCAGAGGACCCGCUCGCUGCCCGUGCACACUUCCCCACAGAACAUGCUGAUGUUCCAGCAGCCAGGUUCCCAAGUUCACAGUGGACUGUGUUUAACAGACCUUAGAGGUUGGUUGAGCCUGAGUGGAGCCCCUUCCAUGCCAGCGCUGACAGUCCCCAAGUCCUCCCAGGGAGAAUUCCAGCUUCCCGUGACCGAACCUGACAUCAACAACAGGCUGGAGUCGUUGUGCCUCAGUAUGACCGAACACGCCCUGGGAGACGGGGUUGACCGGACCUCCACCAUCUAGAAGCUGAAGAUGAGAGUGACCGCGCUGGCCGUGAAAUCGACUGCUGCGGGUCCAGUGUCAGCCAUCUUCAGGGUUGCACAGAAUCCUCCAAGAUACUUUGCAGCCUUUUUUCCCCCUGGUCCCUCUCCCGUUUUGAUUUUGUGAGAGCGUACGUCAUCCUCGUAAACAUAUCAGUAGACCUGG